AUGGAUGCCGCAGCCGUUCGGGCUCGCAUCGCCGCCACUCUCUCCGCCGAUAUCAACGUGCGAAGAGCCGCCGAGCUCGAACUCAAGCAGGCCGAGAGUCAUCCUGGCUUUAUCGACGUUCUGCUUGAUGUCCUAACUACCGAAGCUGACGACUCUGUUCGACUGUCAGCUGUCAUUUAUCUCAAGAACAGGACGAAUCGAGGCUGGUCUAGGAGCGACCAUUAUCCCGACGAACCGCUGAUAGCGGAAGAAGAAAAGCAACGCUUUCGCGAGCGCGUACUCCCCAUCCUUACCGCAUCUCGAGGUCCCGUUCGUCAGCAGCUGUUACAGCUGAUCCAGCGCAUUUUACAUUUCGACUUUCCCAGAAAAUGGCCGAGUUUCAUGGACGCCACGCUGCAAUUACUGCACGCAAACGACCCCCCUUCUGUUCUCGCCGGUCUGCAGUGCCUCCUCGUCACUUGCCGCGCUUAUAGGUUCAAGCCUCAAGAUGAUUUGAAGGGGGAUUUCGAAAAGAUCGUCGAGGCUACCUUCCCAAGGCUUCAGCAGGUUUGCAACGAAUUGGUCAACCAAGAGAGCGACGAGGCCGGCGAGAUGCUACAUAUCGCCCUCAAAGCCUACAAGCAUACGAUCUGGCUUGAACUCUCCCCUUACCUUAGGCAACACGAUGUCAACAUUGGCUGGUGCACCAUUUUCCUGCAAACUGUGUCCAAAAAGAUGCCCGCGUCAGCUAUGAGCGAAGAUUUGGAUGAGCGCGAGACGAAUCACUGGUGGAAAGCUAAGAAGUGGGCAUAUUUUAACCUCAACAGGCUCUGGAUUAGACAUGCCAACCUCACGGUGGCCGCUUCGAAGAACGACGAUAUGUCGAGGUUCUCUAAGGAGUUCGAGAGCACUAUUGCACCCGAAAUUCUCAAGCAUUACCUCCAAGAGAUCGAGAAAUGGGUUUCUAAGACGUCAUGGCUUAGCAAACCGUGUUUAUCGCAUACGCUUGUUUUCCUGGACGAAUGCUGCCGGCCGAAGUCUAUGUGGAGCUUGAUGCAACCCCAUCUCACGAACCUGGUUACUCAUCUGAUCUUCCCCGUCCUGUGUUUAAGUCGAGAAGAUGUUGAGAAAUUUGAAGACGAACCCGAGGAAUAUCUACAUCGAAAACUGAACUUCUACGAGGAACUCUCCGCCCCUGACGUGGCGGCAACCAAUUUCCUCGUUACCCUGACCAAAACUCGCAGAAAGCAGACGUUCGAAAUCUUACAGUUUGUCAACAGUGUCGUCAACGAAUACGAGCAGGCGCCGGAUGACAAGAAGAACCAUAUCGCGAAGGAGGGCGCGUUGAGAAUGAUUGCUACUCUAGCGCCGGUCCUUCUAGGCAAAAAGAGCCCGGUUGCCGACCAGAUCGAAUAUUUCCUAGUCCGUUACGUCUUCCCCGAUUUCAAGAGCCCUCUAGGUUAUCUCCGAGCCCGUGCCUGCGACACCAUCGAAAAGUUUGAGCAGCUCAACUUCAAGGAUCAGAAUAACCUACUCCUCGUUUAUCGGCAUAUCCUCGAUUGUAUGGCUGACAGCGAUCUGCCCGUCAGAGUCACGGCAGCCCUAGCACUACAGCCCUUAAUUCGACAUGACGUUAUCCGUAUAAGCAUGCAGCAGAGCAUCCCUACCAUCAUGCAGCAGCUGCUCAAGCUAGCCAAUGAAUGUGACAUUGACGCGUUAGCCAACGUGAUGGAGGACUUUGUCGAAGUGUUCGCGGCCGAGCUUACUCCGUUCGCUGUGGCUUUGAGCGAACAACUAAGAGAUACCUACCUAAGGAUUAUCAGUGAGCUCCUCACUAAGAAUAGUGGUCGUGACGAUGAUGACUUUGGCGAUUAUAUGGACGACAAGAGCAUAACCGCUCUAGGUGUCUUGCAAACCAUUGGCACCCUAAUCCUAACCUUAGAGAGUACUCCGGACGUGCUACUGCACAUUGAGGCUGUUCUAAUGCCCGUCAUUCAAGUGACCUUGGAGAACAAGUUAUACGAUCUUUAUAACGAGGUUUUCGAAAUAAUCGAUAGCUGUACGUUUGCCGCAAAAAGCAUUUCACCUACUAUGUGGACGGCUUUUGAGCUCAUCCACGGCACAUUUAAAUCGGGUGCUGAGCUGUACUUUGAGGACAUGCUACCGGCCCUGGAUAACAUUGUGCAAUACGGCGCUGGUCAACUGAUGCAGAAGCCCGACUACGUCCAGGCCUUAUACGGAAUGGUUCAAGACAUGUUCUCAGGCCAGAAGGUUGGAGACGUCGACCGCAUCUGCGCGUGUAAGCUAGCGGAAGCUAUGAUGUUAAGUCUACGUGGUCAUAUUGACCAAUCCGUCACCGGAUUCAUCACUACGGCCAUGACCGUGCUUACCAGUCAAGAGAUCAGGGUCAAGUCAUAUAAAAUUCACCUGAUGGAAAUGGUUAUAAAUGCCAUUUACUACAAUCCGCUCUUAACUCUAGCUGUCCUGGAAAACAAAGGGUGGACCAACAAGUUCUUCAGUCUCUGGUUUAGCCACAUGGACCACUUCACCCGGGUACACGAUAAAAAGUUGUGUAUUGUCGCUAUUGUCGCCCUGCUGAGCUUGAACACAGACCAGAUCCCUGCUAGUGUCAGCGUUGGCUGGCCGAGGCUCUUGCAAGGGAUUACCGGCCUCUUCAAGACGCUGCCCGCUGCCCUAAAAAACCGCGAGGAAGCAUUGAAGGAAGACUUCACGUACGACUCGAACGAUUACGGGUAUGAGGAUGAGGACGAGUGGGCCGAUGAGGAUACCAGCUGGGCUGUUGAAGAGAGUGCGGGAGCAGACCAGGGAGAUGUUCAUGAUGAAAGUACGGCUUAUUUAGAGUUCCUCAACGAGGAGGCAGCUAAAUUCAGUCAAAUUGAGAAUCAGCACGGGGCCCUCGACGACGAUGACUCAGACGAUGAGCUUGGCGAAGAUAGCGUUUCGCUCGAAUCACCUCUCAACAAGGUUGAGCCCUAUCAACUCUUCCGGACUGUCUUAAUGAAGAUGCAACAGGAAAAUCCACAACUCUACUCGAGUCUCACCUCAAACCUCUCGGCGGAUGAGCAAAGCGUUAUCCAAAAUGUGGUUCAACAGGCCGAAGCCAAUGCCCAGGCUGCUUUGCAACUAGCAGCCCAAGUGGCACAACAUGCUCAGGGGGUUCCCGGAGCACCUGACAGCGUGACUAGAUAG